ACUGAAUUAUCCCAAAAUCUGCAACAGCUUUCUGAAAAAGCGAGGUCUACGACAGAAUUCAUACAACGGCUAAAAGGGAUGAGUGACAAGGUUAUGGAAUCAUGUACAGAAUUUGAACACUUAGUAACAGCACAAUGUGAUGCAUUGAUCACAGCUAUUUUAAAUAGGCGAGAUUAUCUCCUAGAGGCAAUACGAUGUGAUAGAGAAGCUAAACUCAGACUCACUCAGGACCAGGCAUCAACUGCUACAGGAAAAUUACAACACACGACAGGUUUAAUACAAUUUUGUAUAGAGGCCCUCAAAGAAACGGACAGUGCUGCGUUUUUACAGGUAGGAAUAAAAAUAAUUUAUCUGUUUUCCCGAGUGGCGCAAACGGACAUCGCCUGGCAUCGGGAGGUGCAGGAGGCCACGCCGCGUGUCUCUCACCAGGUCGAUCUCACGCUGGACGACAAGGCCGUUCUCAGGGCAAUCGAUCAAUUGAACUUCAUACAAAUGAAACCUGCACAGGAUGGCGAGGAAAGACAAUUCGCAGCACCAAAUGCUCCUAUAAUCAUUCCCGAGGAAUGCAGUGCUGAAAAUAACUCCGUGACUGUUGCUUGGCAGCCUCCGCCCCAAAGCCAUAUCGAAGGGUAUGUCCUGGAACUGGACGAUGGAGCUGGGGGCGAUUUUAGGGAAGUUUACUGCGGCAAGGAGACGAUAUGCACAGUAGAUGGAUUACAUUUUCAUUGCAUGUACAACGCUCGCGUUAAAGCUUUCAACGGCACUGGAGAAGGCGAAUACAGCGAACUUAUAGGAUUACAAACUGCUGAAGUGGCGUGGUUUACCUUCGACCCAUUGCUGUCUCCUGGCCUGCAGUACUCGUCGGACCAUGCGACGGUUGCGGCCGACGGCUGGGAGCACCGCGUCGCCCUGGGUUCCGUCGGUUUCAGCAGGGGAGUCCAUUAUUGGGAAUUCACGAUCGAACGCUAUGACACCGAUACUGAUCCAGCAUUUGGCGUUGCCAGGAUAGAUGUUGCAAGAGAUAAGAUGUUAGGCAAGGACGAUAAAGCCUGGGCCAUGUACAUCGAUCGUAAUCGAUCCUGGUUCCAGCAUGAUUCGACACAUGAACGUCGAGCUGAGGGUGGCAUCCAAACUGGUUCUACUGUUGGGGUUCUCCUUGAUUUAGAAAGGCAUACGCUAACCUUUUAUGUUAACGAAAUUCCACAUGGUGGAAUUGCGUUUAGAGAUUUGUACGGCGUUUUUUAUCCAGCUAUUAGCGUUAACCGCGGGGUCACAUUAACGUUACAUACGGCGUUAGAUCCACCAUCGGAUUCUGAUGGGGAAUUAUAAAUUUUUGGAAAAUUAUAAAUGUAGUUAUAUUGUUGUACAGUUUUACUUGAAUAAGUGUAGAUAAAUUUGCGUUCAUCGAUAUAGCACUUUAAAGUCUUACGCAAUUUUGAAAUAAUGGCAGAAUAUGAGAGCAAUUGUUCAAAGAGAAGCAUUGAGUUAAGACCAAGGUUAAAAAAUAUUAUGCAUGCUUCUAUGAUUAAGUCUCGCUAAAUUAUUACUGCC